AGAGUCACAAUCGCAACUUGCAGCUGACAAAGUGUCCAAAGAGGAAAGAAGAAACUAGAGACAUAGGGAUGGCAAAGCCAUUGGGACCAACCGGAGAGUUUUUCAGGAGACGGGAUGAAUGGAGAAAGCAUCCAAUGCUGACCAAGCAGCUCAGGCAUGCCACCCCUGGCCUUGGCAUUGCCAUUGUCGCCUUUAGCGUUUAUGUCAUUGGUGAAGCUGCCUACAACAAGUUGUACGCUCCCCACCCUUCCCAGAGCUCCUCCAGUUCUCAUUCUCAUUGAUUGAAAAAGGUACUAGGGUACUGCAUUACUGAAACAAAGUGCUCUGCUGCAGAUGAAUGCUUGGCAGAAGAUAAUGAAAUUUGUAGCCCAUGCUUUUAUCAUCCCAUUUGUGGUUUGUACUGAAUAAAGCUUCAUAAAGCCUCUUAAUAAGUUGUAGACUUGAAUUUGUACCAGAAUUCCUGAGUAGGAAUUUGGUGAUGAUGUUUCACUGUUCUGAUUCCAAUCCAA